AUGACACUAACAGCCACUGGUGUCGUCACGCUGUAUGGCAGAGCCGACUCUGACGCAGCCACGAAAUCCAAGGUUACCCCCAUCAAUGAUAAUGAUAAAGAAAAAACACCUGGCAAAUGUGUCACGUUCUUCACAUACUUCGCAGAAAGUACGUCUUUCAUGGGAAUACCCAAGAUAUGGUCGUCGCCGCGACUUGUAUUCAAGAUCAUGUGGACGUUGUUCUUCCUCGGCGCAACGACAAUGAUGAUCAUCCAGCUAGUCGAACUAUUUACGACGUUCUACAGUUACCCCAUCAAGACGUCGGUGAAGCUUGGCUUCACUGCUCUCCCCUUCCCCGCCGUCACCAUCUGCAACAUGAACCCCAUCAUGUUGUCCAAGGCUCACAAGCUCAGCUGCAUUCUUCAGAAAACCCUCGACCUGCCCAUUGAACACCAGAGACUCGAGUGUGUGAACCUGACCGACACCGUGGACCUCUCCUCCUUCACAGAGACGGAGUACGUGUGCGACGAGGACGGCUGUUAUGAGGAGGAAGCGAGUGGUCUGGACCAGUUCUAUGUGAGAAGGGAGCUCAUUGCCAACUAUCUGGCAGCAGAAGAGAUCGAUCUUCGGAAGGACGUCGCCCAUGACCUUGAAACCAUGCUGAUUGAGUGCUCUGUCAAUGGACGAAGUUGCGAUUCCAGCAGGUUUACGACGUUCCUAUCUAAAGAUCUUGGCAACUGCUACACACUGAAAAACAAGGGGAUCCAGGCCACGAAGAGCGGACCAGAGUCAGGUUUAUCGAUGGUUAUCAAUCUGGAGGCUGAGGAGUUUAUCGACACUUUCAAGACGGGGUACGGCCUGCGGGUGGUGAUACACGACAACGGGACACGCCCCUUUCCCGGGACAGAGGGCUUCACGGUCUCAGCAGGUUCUGAGACUAGUAUUGCAAUGAAACUGGUAACAAUUGAGAGACUGGGGGGCAAAUACGGCUCCUGCAAUGACAGCGACAUUUUCAGGAGAAAGUUCGGCGUGGCUUACACAGAGCGGGCUUGUCGGGAGUUUUGUCAACGCAGUCUGGUGAUAGAAAGAUGCAAGUGUCUACCAGAGGACGAGAGUCGAGUCAACUCCUCUUUCAAGGCCUGCACCACCAACAAAGAAUGGUCCUGUGAGGACCGGGUACUGAACAAGUAUGUAGUGGACAGCAGUAGAGGAGUAGAUGUCUGCAAGUGCGGCACCCCUUGUCGAGAAAAGGUGUAUCAAACCAGUAUCUCAUCCAGACAGUGGCCAGUUCUCAGACACGUGCGGGCGUUAGAACAACAAGCAUGUAAAAUCGAUCCUAACAGCCCAAAGUGCGACUACACCAGCUACGACUUUGACAACAUCGACUUAAGAACAUCGUCCUUCUUAAAACUGAAGGUUUAUUUCGACAGUUUGAAUUUUGAAAGUGUGAAAGAAGAACCUUUUUAUGAUACUGAGCGCUUCCUGUCCGAUAUUGGUGGCACCAUGGGUCUGUGGAUUGGGGCGUCUGUCCUCAGUCUGGCCGAGUUUCUGGAAAUGUUCCUCGAGCUGUUCUUCUGGUGCAUCUGUCCAAAGUCAAAGUAACCAGGAAGCAAAUGUCAAGGCGGAACGACCCUGUGGUCACGGGACUUAGCUGGUGGUGGGAAUAGCUGUUUCUGUUCCUGUCAGACUAUAACUAAGGCUGUGGUGUUUUUUAUUGUAUCAAUAUGUGAACAUGUUGCAUGUGAAUUAGAAAACAGGAAGCAAACGUUGGUAUAUACACUGUAUAAAUACGCUGGAACGUAAUUGAUUCUAUUUGUUAUUGGUCGUAUUAUUAUCCACAGUUUCAUUUAAGAUGUAUAUCUACACAUUUUUAAAAAAUUGCAAAAUACAUAACCAAUGAAAACACGUACAAAGGGUAGGUGCGAAAAUGAGAUACAACGGAUAUAACGAACUGAUUUCUCUGGUCCCUUGUUCGUUAUAUCCGUGUUCUACUGUAGUUUUUUCAAUACUUAUGGUAUCCUCAUAUAGAGUCGAGUGAUCCCCACGUAGAUAUUUCCAGCAACGCAAAGGCAAGUAAAUAAUUGAAAUAUCAAAUACAAUAAGCUUCAUUUAUAACAAACACGCUUAUAACGACCUGAUACAUAUAGCAUAGUUUUUGGUCCCGUCCAUUUGCUGUAUAUAAGCUGUACAUAUGCUUAGAACGAACUACGGUUAUAACGAAAUGGUCUCUUUGAGUUCGUUAUAACCGUAAUUUACUGUAUAUAUAAUUCUACUGGGGAAAUUGCAAUAACUUAUAAGGGGCAUUUAUAUCUAUUUCGUUGUCUGAACAGGUAGCGAUCAGUGGUUACAAGUAACCUAAUGUGCUUGUCAUAAAAGUCGACUAAAAUGGAUCUGGUGGUCAGGCUCACUGAUUUCGUUGUCGUGUCAUCGUAACACGACAGCGUGGGACUUUGUUCAUAAUAUCAACCACUCGUGUUCUAUAUGUCUUUCUAUACUCGGUUAUACACAGGCCACCGUGAUAUAGCUAGAACAUUGCUCGCUGCGGCCUAAACCAACAUCAACAACAUCAGCAACAACGACAUCAGCGACAUAGGAAUGCAAACGACGUGGAAGUGACACAUCAUACAAUGUUACAUUCACGGAACAAUGUACAUGCAAAUAGUAGAUAUGACUAUAUAAUGUAGUUAUUACUUUUGUUGUUCUUGAAGGUACAUAUUUAUGUUCUCUGUCUCAUAACAUGUAUUCAUCUGAUGAAGGAGUAAGCAUAUACUCCGAAACGUUGUGUUCCUCAUAAUAACGAAGUUGACAUCCAUAUAUUCUCUUCCUUAUGUGUAUCACUUCUAGAUGCCUUUCAAAGACUAAAUAUAACUGGCAAGGUUUAUGAAACAAGUAUGUAUUGUUCGAACUAAACCGCCGGUCGAAAGAAAGUAUACACCGAUGUUUAAAGGUGGCGAAAAUGAAACAAACUAAAAAUGUUUUUUUCGAUGGGGAUGUUUGAUAGGAUAUUUUGAUAAGUUGUCAGUGUUACGGUGACUAACGGGAUUCUAACGAGGGAUAAAUAACUGUAAUUCAUAUAAAGUUCAAUAAAAAUACAUUUAUUCUGAAAUCAAAUAAUUCACUUUUCAAUACAUAUUCCUGAAGACAUCUCCUCGACUGUAAGGUGCGCGCCUCUACGCAUCAUGGGUAUACUGCAAUCAGGAAUGGCACGAAACGAAGUUGACAUUUUAAUGCUCACAGUGGUAUAACACUAUAUUUUAUCUUUGGAGACUUUAUUGACAGAAGGACAAGACUCAUGCAACGGGUCGUCAGCAAGAAAACCAUAUUCGGUUGGUGCAUGUACGGAAUCGAUACCAAACUGCCACAUUAACUGUUCGGACAAUUUUUGGAUGGGACCAUUUAGUGACAGAACCGUACGCUACCAGUUGAGGAAGCACAACAUCCUGUCCCGACGUCCAGCGAUACGGUUAAUCAGGCAAGCCUAGCUUGGUGUAGCAUCCGUCGUUCUGGAGACGAGAAUUGGGGAGUAUCUGUUUACAGAUGAGACGAAUUGUCGUCUCGACAGCGCUAAUGGUCGUGCAAGCGUCCAGAUGAUCGUCUUACGGACGCUUGCGUUACUCAGCGUCGUCUGCUGGGGUUGGAAGUGUAAUAGUACGGGGUAGCAUCAAAACUAAUGGUGGAAUACAACUAAUAAUUUUUAAUGGCAAUUUAAAUAGCGUACGGCAUCAUUCGAGAUUAUGUUCCUCCCUUUGCGCAAAUUUUGAAGCAGCAGGAUUUUGAAGCAUUAUAACAUUGAUGUACAGCUAUGGCCGGCUGAUUCACCUGGCCUCUCCCCCAUAGAACAUGUCUGGAUUGAGAUGGAACGAUGCCUACGACAGGACCCGAAGCAGCCUGUAAAGCUAGGUUAGUUGGGCCAACCUUUGGUUGACCUUCAGAACAACAUCUCCAAGGCUUUUUCAAUCAUCUGGGCCCACUUGCACAAAGCGAUCUUAGCGCUAAGACUAUCGUAAGCCUAUGUUAAAGUAUGGGAGUAACGAUCAUCUUAGCGCUAAGAUCGCUUUGUGCAAGUGGGCCCUGGUGUUUUCAAUGCACCGCCGCUGCCUCGCCUGUAUCUACGCACAAGGUGGAAGCAUCUUUGACAUUGACAUGGUUAAUUUAGUAGUUACACCAUCUCUCUUUUCGGCCGUGUCGCGCGGUCUCUUGUCACAAGGUAUAGAUUCUGUCAGUGAAUUUGUUAUGAUGCAUUGAUCAGACAAAUGACCAAAUAUUAUUUUGUUUUUUCAAAUAACAUUACAACAUUUACACCACAUUGUAUGAAGCACAGCUACUUUUUUCCGCUAGUAUAUUUUACUGUGUGCCGUAUGUUGUAUGCAGAAUAAGAUAUUUGGAUGUGUUUUAAGAGGGGCACGGGUGACACAAUUCGUCGCAAUUCCCUGUGCAGAGUUGCGUCCCUUGGGCGUGCCAGAAACCCCUGAUCGUGGGUUCGAACCUGAUUUUGUGUUAGUGGUUUGUCAGCACCAUACCCGUUCUCGUGGGUGUUAAACGUCUAAGACCUGUCUAAGAUCUUUCCUUCCACACUGACACGCCGUGAUACGCAUGUCAUGUUGUCAUGUCCUCGUGGAUGCACGCCAUGUCCUCAUCUUGCUCCAACCCGUGCAUUUGUACAGGAAACAUAUCACUUCUUUCUGGGGUGACCAGUAGGAUCACCCGAUUCACAUAUAAUAAAAAUAUUCAGCGUCAUCGUCCUUACGUGAGGGAUAUAAGGUUUGCAUGGAGUAAACUCGCAUCCUACCUAUCAGGUGAAGUUCUCGAAUUCUGAUUGGUCCGUUAGACUGAGUAGCGUAGCUAAUCAAAUUGGCAAAUGAAAAUCAAGGACGGUUAAUUUGAGAUGGCGAGAAACACGGGAAUGGGUCUGGGCUUUAGAAUAGGUUGACCGAAAUUCGACCCCUGGAUAUAUAGAGGAUGGGUUUAACGUUGCGUUCAAGAUUAUUGCACUUAAAUAGCGACGUGGAACUGUCCACCUUCUGGGAAAGAAGGGGCGGUCGGGUAGCCUAGUGGUUAAAGCGUUCGCUCGUCACGCCGAAGACCCGGGUUCGAUUCCCGACUUGGGUACAAAUUGUGAAGCCCAUUUCUGGUGUCCCCCGCCGUGAUAUUGCUGGAAUAUUGCUAAAAGCGGCGUAAAACCAUACUCACUCACUCUGGGAAAGAAAACAGGCCCCUGUAAUCUAUGCUUGUUGUUAUAGAAGACUAAUUGGAUCAGGGAUUAAAUGUCAUCGUAUACACAUUGCGUGGAUCGAGGAUAAUAUAAUACUUAUCAAUCACUUGACUGUCUUGUUCAAAUUCGAGUUUCCACCUUUUGUUAUCUAAAUACUUUUCCUGUUCUCACUAGUACAUAUAUAUGAUCUCUGCUUCAUAGCAUUUAUUCACCUGAUAAAGGAAGUAUAUACUCCGAAACGUGUGUUCCUCGUAAUAAAGACUUUUACAUCCAUUAAUUCUCUUCCUUAGCCACCAUAUAGCUGGAACAUUGCGGAGUUGUCUUAAAAUGCAACAUCUGACCGCGUCAUACCAGAUAACGUUAAAAGCUGGUACUGACAGCUAACCUGCCUGGCGUUCGGCACAAGGGAAAUAAAACAAGGCAUAAAGGAAAUAAAAAAUCGGAGUCAGUAUAAUGUGUCUGAGUGGGGUAUCCAUGUUAAACUGCGACGCGGUAUCUCGGAGGGCUAGCACUACACAACUUGGAUAAGUCAAUACUAGUUCAGCCAAACACUAAACACGCUAUAUAAGUGCAAUAGUCUUAAACGCUGGUGAUAGUAUUUGCCUGUUUCCUCUAGCCAAGUGAUGGUGCAUCUACGUCCGUCUCCGUCUCAUACGGGUCGUGUCCAUGUAAAAUCAAGCAAUACAUAAAUGAUGAUAGGCUAAAAUUGAGAUUCGUUAUGUAUGGAUCAACAUUUCAUCACAAGAUGCACAUCUUCGUGUGACGGAUUAGAAAACAUCGUAAACGAUUAUACAUAAAUUUUAAUAAACAUAAUAACUUGAAAACCAGGAUGAAAAAUCCUGCAAAUAAAUCAUGUGCAAACUUCACGUGAAGGGCAACGAUAAAUCACAUGAAUAAAUAAAUGUGUGUCAUAAAAGGAUUGAUUAUGACCGAUCCUUCUUCAAAAGUGCGCUAGUGCUAUUAAAUCCUUAGGCAAAUGUUCCUAAAUAACAAACAUCAAGACAUGAUUAUAUAUAUACUCGUAAAAAAAAGAAACGCAAUACGGAUAUUUUUGGCCAUAAAAGCAGAUUAAGUGGGCCAAGAGGUGCAUUAUGAAGAGGUUUGAUGUGUUAUAGUGUCAGUGACAAAUU